AUGGAGUGCCCAAAUCAAACAGCCCCAAAUGCGUUUAUCCUCUCUGGGUUUCCUUAUCCACAAGAGCUCAAGCUGCCCUUGCUUUUCUUCUUCUCAAUCAUGUUUGCACUCACCCUUUCUGGAAACUCUCUGAUCAUCUUGGCAGUCAUCUCUGACCUUCAACUGCACAAGCCCAUGUACUGGUUCCUGUGUCAUCUCUCCAUCCUGGACAUGGCCUUCUCAGCUGUGGUAGUUCCCAAAGUUAUUGUGGGAUUCAAUUCCAAAGGAAAGAUCAUUUCUUUCCCAGGGUGUGUGACUCAGAUAUUUUUUUUGAACUUCUUAGGAUGUGCAGAAAGCCUUCUCUACACCUUGAUGGCCUAUGACCGCUUCUUGGCCAUCUGUAAACCACUCCACUAUGGCAACAUCAUGAGCUGGAAAGUUUGCCUCAUCCUCUCCUUGGGUACCAUCAUUGGGGGCUGCCUCAACUCCACAUUUCAGACAUCUCUCACCUUUCAUUUGCCUUAUGGACAGAGAAACUAUAUUGAUUAUGUCUUCUGUGACAUUCCUGCCAUUUUGAAGCUGGCUUGUGCUGACACAAAGCUCAAUGAGUUGAUGAUCUUCAUUGACAUUGGCCUUGUAGCAAUGACUUGCUUUCUCCUUAUCCUAGCAUCUUAUGCUUACAUCAUCACAGCUAUUUUGAGGAUUAACAGCAGUGAGGGGCGGCACCGAGCUUUCUCAACUUGCACUGCCCAUGUUACUGUGGUAGUCAUAUAUUACCUUCCUGUGGUGUAUCAUUAUCUGAGGCCAGCUUCUCAGGGCUCCAUGGAUGGUGUGGUGAGCAUGUUCUACACCACAAUCACCCCUUUGUUGAACCCAGUGAUAUACACACUUAGGAACAAAGAGAUGAAGACUGCUCUGCUGAAAUUGUGGGGUCAGAAUCCAGAGUAG